AUGCUCUGUUCCACUUGCCGUCCGCCCGGUCGUCGCAAUUUCCCUGUGAGCUCAAAUAAAUAUGUGGUCCCCGUGGCUGUGGCUUAUUCUCGUUUGCUUCGCCUGUUGCAGGAGGAGGAGGAGGACAUGCUGGAGAAGGAGGGGGAGGCGACGCCGGGCUCCGACGAGUGCCACGUCAUCCCCAACGACAAGUCCACCGAGUUCAUCCUCGCCACCGUCGUCGAGGAGGCGGGGGCAGUGGUCAGCGUGGCGGGCCGGGCGGGCGCGGGCGCGGGCGCGGGGGCGGGGGCGGGCGGCUCCAAGAAGGAGCGCAAGGCCACCGCCGCCAGCCGAUUCACCAUCUACAAGGUGAGCCUCGAGCUAUUUUUUCGUUUGCAAACCAUCAAUGAAGAUGAAAACUUUUUUGCUUUGUUAGCAAAGAAAUUUAUCCUGCAUCCAUAUAUGUCUCGAACAUGGACGGACCCUUUGCUGCGCAACCCCCACGGCGUGUUCCUGGUGUGCUGGGUGCCCUUCUUCACGUGCAACAUCAUGGACGCCAUGUGCACCAAGCUGUCGCUCGACUGCUCGCCCGGCGUCACGGCCUUCAUCCUCACCACGUGGCUGGGCUACAUGAACAGCUUUGUGAACCCCGUCAUCUACACCAUCUACAACCCGGAGUUCCGCAAGGCUUUCAAGAAGCUCAUGGCGCUGGGCACGUAACAACACGCGCUGGGCGGGUCCCUGCGAGGUCCUGCCCCUGCAGCAGCGUCGGGCCCAGAGUUCGCAGUUGAAUUACGGCGCCAUCUUGCCAGCGCUCUGUCCGUGCUGCUACCUAGCGGCGAACGCACGGCUCCGGCGCCAAAUGUGUCGCCGACACAAAAAUUUUAGAUCCAGGAGUCCUUCCAUGACUGUUAUUUCAUCUUUUAAAAAAUGAAUCUAAGCUCCAAUGGUAUGUAUUAGAAUAAAACAAUUUUGUACCUCUUUUUGCUAAACCUGUGGCAUCAAUUUUCCCAAAAGUUUCUGUAAAAAUCAUUAGCCAGCUAGCAUCAGAUACCUAGUUGCAUACUGGUCCUUCACUCUAACAUUUCGUAUUCCAAAUCAUCAAGAUCAUUGAAGGACAAAACCAAAGUGAAUGUGUGACAUAAUCAUUCCAAUAGUUCACAAACUUACAAGAUUUUGUAGAAUAAAAUAUUUCUCUUUUUAUUCCAUUUAUCCCGCAUAAUGAUACAUCACUGAACAUUUUGUGAACAUACGAUGUAUCAAAAAUUAUAACAGAAGAAUGUCUCCGUAAAAAUAAAAUAAUUUUAGUAUUAUUGUGUCAUGCUGUAUACAUGACCAAACUCUAAAAUCAGCAUUGUUGUUAGAAACCAAGUAAUAUCCAGUAGACACAAAUAUACUACCACAUAUCAUUUCAAAGGUUGACAGGCUGUAUAACCACUUUUGAACUAUUAUGUUGUCUGCAGCCAAGUAACAUGAACAUUAUUACAUGUUGAAAAGUGAAGAUAAACGAAAUACCAUGCAAUAUUAUUUUCAAACCAUACUACCUGUGUUUUUGAUGUCUACUUUGGUAUUUCAUAAUUUAGUAGAGCAAAUAACAUCAUAAUAAGCCUAAAGCAACAAAAUAUUUUGCUUUUAUAUAUUGAAAGAAAAUAUAAAAAAUACAGAACAACUUCUCUAUGUACAAUAUAUUGUCUGAUAGCCAUUGAAUUGUAUAUAUUUCAGUAUUCAUUCUUGUACAUAUAUAUACACUACAUAUAUGAACAUAUUUUUGGUGGUGCCAGUAAUGUUGAAGAGUAUGUUACUCAGAUCUUGAUGCAAUGUGUUUGAAUGAGUGUAGAACAUUGCAAUUUCUGAAUGUCCUAGUGAAGUUUGACAUUAGUAAAUAAACAAAUUUCUAGUUUGUAAAUACUUUGAGUGGUUGUAAACAAUAAUAUUUCAUAUGAUUGUUCCAAGAGCUUUAAUGUCGUGAUGCAAAGUGAUAGAAUACCCUUGCUCUAUUCUUGUAAAUUAUAUUUUCCUUUUUCUGUAAGAAGAACAUUCUAUUAAUUUUGUUUCUAUGAAACAAGUUAGUUAAGCAAUUAUACAUUUUAAAUAAAACGGUUUUCUUGUACAUACAUUGUAAGAUAUUACUUGAAAGUUUAUACCUUUAUCAAAUUCAAAGUUCUAUUUGAUUACCAAAUAGAACAUUGAUUUUAUAUUAUUUGGAUAUGAUAGAUCUACGGAUUUGCAUAUCCUGUAAUCACUCUAAAUUCUUAGUGUGCUAAGGUUUUGGAAACAAACCAAAAACAUGUAAAUAAAAAUUGUCUGAAAUGAAAGCAGAGUGAUACAUUUUAAUUUUUUGAUAGACUUUUUAAAUUAUAUAUUGCGCAUAUUUUAAGGUUUAAGAAAUAUAAGUUAUAGUUAUAUUUCUAAUAAGAUAUCAGAGAGUACAAUGGGAACUAUGAGUAAUUAAUAAACAUUGGAGUUUAUAUCUUUCCAGGACACUAAGAAUUAUUUCGUUUACAGGAUUGUUAAAGAGUAGAUGUUAGCCAUUUUCAGUGGCCCUUGCUGCUAAGGAAUUCAGUGGCAUCACUAAGAGAUUGCAAGAUAAUUCAAGUUAUUGUGUUAACAGGUAGAAUCCAAAGUUAAAUUACAUCCAUGUUGCAAAGAUAAUAUUAAAAGUUUAAUUACUAAUUGUCACAUGUAAGGAUAUUAUUAUUUCAUUUAACUAUUAAUUAUUUUUAUAAAAACUUUAUUACAAUAAUGAAUUAUUCUCAUUAUGAAUAUAAAUUUAAUUCUUUUCUAAAUACCAGAUGAAAAUAAUAAUUUAAACUGAUCAUAUUGGUGAUCUAUGUGAAGAAUGGUGUGAUGACAAAUAUUGCGUUUGAAAGCAAUGAAAGUAGUGAUGCCGCUGCAAUGGCUUUUAUUAAAGUGUUGUAUUUUGAGGAUAAACAGAUUAAAAUAUUUAUCUUUUAAGACAUUUUGGCACAUUUCCUACAUGAUAAUUUGUCAACAUUCAAAAUGUAAAUGCAAAAUUUCACCCUCAUAUUGAUUCACAGUUUGUUCCACUAGUGUUAGUAAUGCUUAUUGUAAUUGACCCAUUCAGGAAAAACUUGUACAUUACAACUUUACAUUUCAUAACUAUCAACUUCAUGCAGAAUUACACUAUUAAAAACAAUUUACUGGAAUACACGUGUGGAAUAAACGUUCUUUUAUGAUCUGUGAUAAAUAAUUUUGUAAAAAUUGGUUGGGUUUUUCCAAAAAAAAAUGUUAAUCAGUUUUGCUGAACACUUGCACAUUAAACACUGGAAGUAUCACUAUCACUUUUUUAAUAUUUACAGAAUACUUUUUUGUAUGAAUUGCAGGGUAAUCAUAUUUAUUGAGUGUCAGCCAAAAACAGACUUGCAAAUAUUUCGUGAUUUCGUGAUUUUAGUAUAUUUUCAAUACUCAUGAAAUCCCUAAUAUGAAAAAUAAAUCAAAUAACUGUGUAGAAUUAAAAAUAAAUGCUAUGAAUAUGCUAAUAUCUUAAGAAUGUGCCACCAUACUUGUCAAAAAAAGUAUAGUCUGAGAAGCCAAAAAUGGGUCAUUUACAUUUUUGUGAGACGAUUAUUUGCUUUGAAAACUGAAUCUUAUGUAACAUUUCUUUUCAUGGACCGACAAGUUAUAACUUAAAUAUGUUGUCUGAAAUUAAAAUCAUAAUUUUUUCAGUGUCUCUUCACACUUAUUCUCUUUGAAAUAAUUAAAGAUGUUGUCAUUGCCAACAAUAUUAUUUAAUGCAAUAGCAGCUUUCGAU